GUCCAGUCCUUGAGUGCCGCCGGCGAGAGCUACGGUGCUGCCACAGUGAGUACCAUCUGAUCGGCCCAGCCCUGACUGAGCACGAGGGCAGGGUUCUUCCACGCGCAUCAAGCUCACUCUUCUCUUGUUAUUCUCUCUCUUAUCACCACACACCAACCUCUACACUCUUCUUGAUCCUACCUUGUAUCUUCUCUUUUCGCACAAGAUGCAGUUCCCUAUCAACGCCACCAAGCAAGCCUUCCAAUACACCGCGGCCUACGUCGCCGCAAACCCAGGCACGGCUGCACUAUACACUGUCGGAGGCAUUGCCAUGGUCGCUCCGGGCGUCUUUGUGGCUCUCGUCCUAGGAGCCGUCGGCUUCACUGCUUCAGGGGUCGCAGCUGGUUCCACUGCUGCUGCCUGGCAUAGCUCCAUCGGCGCGGUAGCGGCCAAAGGUUUUUUUGCGACGCUGCAGAGUGCGGGCGCCGGUGGCUACGGUCUCGCCGCGGUGAAUGGCGUUGUCCAAGGCGCUGCUGCAGCAGUCACCGCAGGCACGUCGGCGAUGCAGUGGGCCCAAAGUGAAGAGGGAGAGAACGAGGAGGAAACGGGGGAGGAAGGCCGAGACGAAGACGGAGACGAAAUCGUACUCGAAAAAAUCGAAAACAGGAUGGAGAAUGGUACCAGCAAGUAGCUGUCAGCAUGUAUUGCUUAGCAGUGUGCGGUACUGAGGCUGGACGCUGAGCACAGUCCGACGGACAAGAGUGUCAGAUGAGAGAGAGCAGCCAUAGCCUGCAGAAGGGAAUC